AACAAAGAAUAAAAGAGUAGAAGAGAAUAAACAAACGGCGGAAAUUUCUCAGUAGAAGAUGAUAUAAACGUGGAAUGAAAAGUAGAGUAAUCACAACAUUAGUCUAAAAUAUUGCAAUUUGAAUUUGUAAUUUUCAAAAGCAAAGGAGUAAAAGAAAAAUAGAGGAAAGAAAUUAGCAAGUUGGAAACUUGGAAAGGGGAUGGGAUCGGGAGAGACACACACACACAGAUAGAGGGGGGAAGGGUUGGUGGAGUCUUUCUUUCCCUCAGUUUUCUCUUUUUUUUUGCAGCUCCAAAAGCCAAAACCAAAACCAAAAACCCAGAAGGGGAAGGAAGGAGGAAGAAGAAGACAAAGAAGGAAUUCAUAAAAUUGCUUGCUUUAUCAUUUGGUGAGUGAAGAAAGAAAAAAAGAAAGAAAGAACGAGAGAUGGACGAAGCAAUGGUAGCAAGGUAUUGGUGUUAUAGGUGUUCUCAAAUGGUGAAUCCCAUCAUGGAAGUAGAAAUGAAAUGCCCCUUUUGCCAAGGCGGAUUUAUUGAAGAAAUCAAUGGCACUACAAGGGAGAAUCAAGACGCUGACUCUGAUUUGGGUUCCGAUCGUGCGCUCUCCCUCUGGGCUCCAAUCCUGUUGGGCAUGAUGAACAAUCCCCGUCGUCGCCGGAGAUUAAGACGACUCGACUUUGAUGACGAUGAUGAUGAUGAUGAUGACAAUGACAAUGACAAUGAUGAUGGUGACACUCGCCAGGGCGGAGAUACUGAAUUGGACAGAGAACUUGAAUCAAUCAUCCGGAGGAGGAGAAGAAGCUCAGCUACUAUUCUACAGCUGCUUCAAGGCAUUCGAGCUGGAUUGGCAUCUGAGUCUGAGAAUUCUGAGGGGGAUAGGGAAAGAGAAAGGGAGAGGGAGCGUGUAAUUCUUAUAAAUCCUUUCAAUCAAACCAUCAUUGUUCAGGGAUCUUACGAUUCGAAUCAGGGUCAAAACAACAAUCACACCCCUAUUGGUUCAUUAGGCGAUUAUUUCAUCGGGCCUGGUUUAGAUUUGUUGCUGCAACAUUUGGCAGAGAAUGAUCCUAAUAGAUAUGGGACUCCACCUGCGCAAAAGGAGGCAGUGGAAGCUCUGCCCACUGUGACGAUCAAGGAGAAUUUGCAGUGUUCAGUGUGCUUGGAUGAUUUUGAGGUCGGUGUAGAAGCAAAAGAGAUGCCAUGUAAGCACAAGUUUCAUAGCGGGUGUAUUCUGCCAUGGCUGGAGCUUCAUAGUUCCUGUCCAGUUUGCAGGUUCCAGUUGCCUGCUGAUGAAUCAAAGCGUGAUUCAGAUAUUUCCAGGAAUAGCAGUAACUCGAGGGAGAGUGAAGAGAUUGGUGAUGAUGUUGGUGGGGAAGAGGGAGAUGAGGAUGGGAGAAACGGAAACGGGAGAAGGUUUUCAAUACCGUGGCCUUUCAAUGGUCUGUUUUCUCACUCAGGAUCUCAGUCAGGUGGCAGUGUGGGAAAUUCAUCAUCAUCAUCGUCGGCAAAUGCAACCGGAAGUGGAAGCACUUCUCAAACAGAAGAGAACUGAGUAUAUAUUUCCAUUAGAUCAGUUGGUAUAUCAGGUUCUUGUCCAUUAUGUGGCUUCAAUCGUCCUCUGCGCAGCUUGUGUACAUAGUAUCUUACGUGAAUGUGAAUAAUGGAAGUUCAAAUUGUUGUUUUAUUUUUCCUCCUUUUUGUUAUAAGGAAGGAUGGUCUCUUGUAGAUGUUUUGGCCUCCUAGUCAGUACCACAAGAACUACUUAUGUUGCUAUAUUUACCUGAUAUGUGAGUGAAUUGCUUUCCCAUUU